GUAAAAGUGAAACCUGCAACUGUCACCUCUGUCGGAUUUCUACCACUGAACAAUCAUGGGUUUAAUUUUAAGGAUACUUAUUUACUUGUAUCUAUAUGCAGGUAUGCAGUGUGCCCAUCAGUUCUCAUGGCUGCCCUGUCAGUUCAUAGAUGAACGUGUGUUUGUGAAUAGUGAGGAUCACACUGAGACCGAGCUGAUCCACAGAAAAGCUAUGCUGCAGUUUGGCCAAAAAGAAGACACUCCUAUUAAUCCAGAUGCCAUCACAUUCCUGGUCAUUGGAUCUAAGUUGGAAAUGCGGCGGUAUCUGGAGGGUGUGGAAGCAGACCAGCUGAAGUGUGAGAUACGUAGGUACAGCACAGCAGGCAUCCAUGUCCGCUGGCCUGUAAAGGGGACAAAGGAGUAUAACCGCUGGUUCACUUGCACCUUGAAACACAUCAAGGGCCUGUUCACUGCCACCAGCUUCCUCAGACACCCAUCUGAUCAACCGCCCUCUGGACGGCCGGACUACCACAGUUGGUCUCCUAUCAGCGACACAGAGAUGCUCAUCACAACAGUUACCAUGGUCAUGACAACUCAAUCUCCAUCAGUGAAAGCAGAACUGGGGUCCCAGAUAAAACUGCACUGCCAGUUUUUCCUUGAUCACAAAGCACCAAACGUCACCGUGGAGUGGCACUUGCAACGUCCUGGUACAAGAACCCAACUCUUUAUGCACAACAGCCGCUCAGGGCAGAGCCAGGGGACUGGAGUUAGGCUGACAAGCCUCAUUGAAGGGGACGCUUCUUAUACACUCCUCUCCUCUGAGAUGGGCAGUGAAGGGACGUAUGUUUGUUCAGUGUCAGUGAUGCCACUGUCCACCAGUCUGGAUAUAAAGCUGCAUGUCCAAGAGCGUCCCCAGGUCUCCCUCAACAUUGGACCUAUUCUGUCACUGCAGGAGGGCUCAGUGCAGAGGGUGGUUUGUGCGGCAGAGAGGUUUUACCCUCUGGAUGUCGACAUAAUUUGGUACCAGCAUGACCCGGCAGUGGCAGGCCAGAGACCUCCUCCCGCUAAGAUGCUGCAUGAACUGUCCAGCCACAAAAGCAACUCGGACAAGACCUUCUCGAGCUCAGCUUACUUCUUCUUAGAGGCUUUAGUCGGGGACUCGGGCAGUCUGUUUACAUGCAGUGUCUCUCAUCAGUCCCUGCACGAGCCCAUCAGAAAGAGUUUCACUCUGCAUGUUAAAGAACACAUCAGUUGGCUGUUUUACGUCACUCGCAUCAUGGUGGUCUUACUGUUGCUCUACCUUGUUAUCAGGCUGGUCUACUGGGGCUUAGGAAAAUAUCAGGUGCAGAACAAAAUAUACUGAGCAGCCCUGACGGAAUGACCAGAACAUCUUGAAGACCAGUAAAGGCAGAUUGUCCACUUCUGCUGUCAGAAUGUCCCAGAUGUUUGUUUUUUAUGUUGAUUUUGGGAUUUUGGUUUUGGUUUUUUGGGAUUUUUCAUUUUGCUGAUGCUAACUAUCAGUACUUAGUGCAAUAUACUGUAUCCUUGAAAUCCUUCACCUCUUUCUUUUAGGUUUUACAGUUCUUGGCAUCCUUGAUGCAUUAAAUUACUGCUUCCUUCCGGAUUUAAUCUUCCUUCAGUUGUCUAAUCAGUCAGUUGCUCUAAAAAACAAAAAACAAAAAAAAACAAACAAACAGCCAUUUUCCUCCUCAACAUUGUCACCAAAACUUUUUUUUUUCUUAAAAAUUUGGUUUGACCAAAACAGUAUUGGUUGAUCAGCUGCUUAAUGACUACAGUUGACAUUCUAAGUAAUGAAGAGUGUAUUUCAAAGUUUCCCUUUAAAGAAUUUAAAUCUGUUAAACAAGCAAUUUGAAUUGGAUCUGUAAUGUAAUUUAAAGAUACAACUUGUCCCAAUCAAAUCUCCUCCUUAAACCCCACUGACGCCUUUUAUAGGGAAUGUUUUCAACAAGAUGUAUCUUUACUGAAUGUACCUGUGUAGUAGAAUUACCAUACAACCACAUAAGAGCUGUGAUAUAUAAGAUUAUUCACAAAUGCUACCUCGUUAAGCAUUGAGUUUAAACCUGAUAUUGGUGUAUAUUGUUAAUAUUGUAAAGCUCAGUCAGAAACACUGACACAUGUUGGAGUUUAUAUAACACCAUGUUCAUUUGGUAAUAUCUUGCUGGAUUUAUUAUUGCUAAACGUAAUAAUAAUAAUAUUUUUUAUUUAUAAUGUGCUACAAUUUUCAGGGAUCCACAGACAUAACUAAAUGUUUAUUUGUUGAUAUUAUUUGCCAAACAUUAUAUACAUAAAUGCAUAUUUUCAGAGAGCAAGUGUUUAUUUAAUGAAGUAAUUGAAAGUUUACAAAAAGACACUGCAAAGUUUAUCUGCCUAGUCUGCCUAAUUAUUUUAGUUUUUCAAAUUUGUUUAACCAAAAAUCAACCUUGUGUGAUUUAUGUCUGCAUCAGCCCUACAUUUAAAUCAUUGUCAUGAUUUUAUUGUACUUAUU